AUGGUUAAAUUCAGGAUUCCAACGAAGUCGACAUACUUUUCGUCAGAAGCCGUCACUAAUUUGCAAAUGAUGGACGAGCUAUUAGAAUUUGCAAUGAAGUGGGGAAGAUUAAUUGGUGGUGGAAUAUUUGAUAAGGAUUUUAAGAGGAUAAACAAAAAGAACGUCACUAUAUUGUUUCUGACGGCAUUAACUUGCAUUAUUAAUGUCUAUGAUAUUUACUUAUUUCGGGAAGAUGUUCCACGUUGUGUUUUUUGCAUAUUGACAAUAUCUGGACAGGUCCAAGGAUUCGCAAAGUUUUAUACUUUCAUUUGGCUUUAUAAAAAUAUUUUGAAUUUGAGGAAGCAAAGUGAUAACUUUCUUGAAAAAUUCUCAUCCUUAAAAUUGUCAAGGAUAUUCGAAGAAAAACUCAUAAUUGCCAGUCACCUCACUGCAAUUUUAACAUUUCUGAGCAUGAGUACAUUUAUACUUAUAGCAUCAUAUCCAAUUAUCAACUUCAUGUUAUUUAAUGAGAGAAUUCUACAUUUUGGUUUGGAAUUGCCUUUAAUUGAUUGGAAAUUUUCAUGGAUUGGAUAUGGAAUUAAUUUUAUUCAUCAAGGAGGACUGCUUUUUAUUUUCAUUUGUAUAUCAAUAAUGACUUUUUGCAUAACAAUUUGCUAUGUAACAAGUGCAAUUUGUCAGUUUGAUGUUUUGGAGCUUCUUAUUGUCGAACUGAAUGAAUUUGUUCUUUCAAAUAAGGAUGGAAGAAAAAACGGUGAAAUACGUUGCCAAAUAAGGAUUUUGGUUGAGACACACACAAAUAUGGUUACGUUUUUAAAACAAAUGAGGCAAACACUUAUGCUUUAUUACUUUAUUGACUUCUCAGCUUUAGUUUUUCAAAAAACUGUUGAGCUUUUCGCUAUAAUCAGUUUCAACUUCAUUCCCGGAUAUGUUUGUGCCGUUUCUACUGGUUUUCUUAUCUUGCUACCUUGUGCACUCGGUUCUGUGUUGAUUUCGAAAGGAGAUGAAUUCUAUCAAAAUUUGUACAACAUUUCGUGGCAUUUGAUGUCAAUCUCUGAUCAAAAGUCACUUAAAUUUAUAAUUCUCAACUCUAAAAAGCCUAAUGGACUAGCUGCAGGCAUCAGAACUUUAGAAUUAUCGGCAUUUCUUGAGAUCUACAAAGCCAUUUAUUCAUAUUUGAUGCUUUUACAAAACAUUAAAAUUCCAACAAAAUCUUUGUACUUUUCGUCGUAUGAUAUUACCCAUUUGCAAAUGAUGGACGAAAUACUUGAAUAUGCAAUGAAAUGGGGAAGAUUAAUUGGUGGUGGAAUUUUUGAUCAAGAUUUUAAGCGAACUAACAAGAAUAUUGUUACUAUAAUGUUAUUGACGGCAUUAACUUGCAUUAUCAAUGUCUAUGAUAUUUACUUAUUUCGGGAUGAUGUUCCACGAUGUGUAUUUUGCAUAUUGACGAUUUCUGGACAAGUUCAAGGAUUUGCAAAAUUUUAUUCUUUCAUUUGGCUAUUCGAAAAUAUUUUAAAUUUGAGGAAGCAAAGUAAGGAGUUUCAUGAAAAAGUUUCAUCUUUAAAAUCGUCAAAAAUUUUCGAAGAAAAAUUCAUGAUUGUUGCUCAUAUGGCAGCCGUAAUUACAUUCUUGGCUAUUAGUACAUUCAUCCUUAUAGCUUCAUAUCCGAUCAUUUACUACUUAAUUUUUAAAAAGAGAAUUCUGCAUUUCGGUCUGGAACUGCCAUUGAUUGAUUGGAAAUUUUCAUGGAUUGGAUAUGGAAUCAACUUCAUUCAUCAAGGAGGACUGCUUUUUCUUUUCAUAUGCAUGACAAUAAAGACUUUGUGCAUUAUCAUUUGUUUCAUAGCCAGUGCAAUUUGUCAAUUUGAUGUUCUUGAAAUGUUGCUUGUCGAGCUUAAUGAAUUAGCUAUUUUUAACCAGGAUGGAUCUAAAGACGGUGAAAUUUGUAUCAAAAUAAGGUUUCUCGUUGAUCAGCAUACAAACUUGAUUCAGUAUUUACAAGAUAUGAGACGAACUUUUCUAGUUUAUUUUUUCAUUGACUUUUCAGCCUUAGUUUUUCAAAAGACUGUAGAGCUUUUCGCUAUAAUCAGUUUCAACUUCAUUCCUGGAUAUGUGUGUGCCAUUUCUACUGGUUUUCUGAUAUUUCUACCUUGCGUUCUCGGUUCCAUACUAAUUUCUAAAGGCGAUGAAUUCUAUCGAAAGUUGUACAAUAUUUCCUGGCAUUUAUUGUCAAUUUCUAAUCAAAAGUCAUUCAAAUUUAUAAUUCUUAAUUCUAAAACUUCAAAAGGAUUAGCUGCAGGUAUUCAAACUCUAGAGUUGACGGCAUUUCUUGAGUUGCUUAAAAAUAUGGUCAAAUGCAUUAAGCUUAAAAAUAAGUUCAAGAUUCCAACAAAGUCUUCAUACUUCUCAUCCGAUGUCAUUACACAUUGGCAAAUGGUUGAUGAAAUUUUCGAAUUUAUAAUGAAAUGGGGAAGAUUAAUUGGUGUUGGAAUCUUUGAUCAAAACUUUGAAAUUACCAACAGAAUCAUUACAAUCCUAAUGUCAUUGAUGACUUUCAAUUGCAUCGUGAAUUUCUGCGACAUUUAUUUGUUUCGUAAAGAUAUGGUUCGAUGUGUGUUUUGCUUGUUGACAUUAUCAGCUUGUAUUCAAGGAUUCGCUAAGUUUCACACAUUUUUAUGGUUGCGCGACAAUGUUUUGAAUCUGCGGAAGCAAAGUGAAAAGUUUCAUGAACAUUUCUCGUCCUUAAAGUCAUCGAAAAUAUUUGAAGAAAAAUUCAUGAUUGUGGCUCAUGUCAGUGCAGGCUUAACUAUUCUCUACAUCUGCACAUUCAUCUUAAUUGCGGUUUAUCCAAUCAUUUACUAUUUCAUUAUGGAUGAAAGGAUUCUUCAUUUUGGAUUGGAAUUGCCAUUCAUUGAUUGGAAAGAAUCUUGGAUUGGAUAUGGAAUUAAUUUUGUCCAUCAAAUUGUAAGCAUAUCAACUUUUUUUUGUGCCUCAAAUUUAAGUCUUUGCAUCAUCAUUUGCUUCAUGACUAGUGGAAUUUGUCAGUUCGAUGUUUUAGAUAUUUUAAUUGAUGAAUUGAAUGACUCAGCAAUUGGAAAUGAGGAAGGAAAAAAAAGUGAUGAAAUUAAUGCUAAAAUUAAGUUCCUCGUUCAAACUCAUGUUAAUUUAAUUGAGUUCUUGAACAAUUUUAGGAAAACUUUUGCGUCGUAUUAUUUCCUCGAGAUAGCAUCUUUACUUUUCCAGAAGACUGUAGUGCUUUUUGCUAUCAUCAGCUUAAACUUUGUUCCUGGCUAUUUGUUAGCAUGUGUCACUGCUUUUCAACUCUUACUGCCUUGUGCUUUCGGUUCAAUUUUGAUUUCAAAAGGAGAUAAAUUUUAUGAUGAUUUGUGCAAUGUAACAUGGAAUCUUAUGUCAGUUUCUGAUCAAAAGUCAUUUAAAUUUGUCAUGCAAUAUUCAAGAUAUCCGAAGGGAUUGUCGGCUGGCAUUAAACCUUUAAACUUUUAUACAUUUCUGGAGGUUUAUAAAACAAUAUUGUCGUAUUUGAUGCUUUUGAACAGCUUUGAUUAA